AUGAAGUCACCAACAACCAAGAAGGAGGUCCAGAGCCUCACCGGAAGAGUAGCGGCCCUUAAUCGUUUCAUCUCAAGGUCCACCGACCGAUGCUUGCCAUUCUUCAAAGCAUUGAAAAAAGUUGGAAAAAGCAUAGAUUGGACCGAUGAAUGCGAGAAAGCUUUUAUCAACCUAAAAGAGCAUAUGGGAAAAGCGCCGGUCCUUUCCAAGCCAAGGUCGGGGGAUGUGCUCUUAAUCUACCUAUCAGUGUCAACAGCAGCAAUCAGUUCAGUGCUCGUCCGUGAGGAGGAGAAGCAUGAAGAAGCAAUCUAUUAUGUCAGCAAGGGAUUUGUUGAUGCGGAGUUCCGCUACCCAGAAAUAGAAAAAUUGGCCUUCGCCCUCAUAACCUUGGCAAGAAAGCUCAGACCUUAUUUUCAAGCUCACACCAUCAAAGUGAUGACCAAUCAACCAUUGAAGCAAGUGUUGUGGAAGCCCGAGACAUCGGGAAGACUGGUCAAAUGCGCAGUUGAAUUGGGGGAGUUUGAUAUCCAUUACAGCCCUCGCACGGCCGUCAAAGGCCAAGCUAUAGCCGAUUUUAUUUCAAAAUUCACCAACCCACUUUUCCCAAGCAAUGGAGGAAACACAGAAAAUACAAUUCACCCACCAAGAGAUAGGGUUCAGCCGCUAAAAGAAGAGACAGGUACACCAGCAGUCUGUGAUCAUGAUCCAAUUUGGACACUGUACGUUGACGGAUCCUCCAACCAAUCUGGAAGUGGAGCAGGCUUAGUACUUACAACUCCACAAAAUGACGAGCUCGAGUACGCCCUUCGGUUUAAUUUCAAGGCCUCCAACAAUGAAGCAAAAUACGAGGCACUCAUCGCCGGCCUCCGCAUUGCAAAAGAGCUAGAAGCAACAAAAGUUAGAGUGCAUAGCGAUUCCCAACUUGUGGUGAACCAGGUAUUGGGUGAAUACCAAGCAAAAGAUCAUGUCAUGGCAGCUUACUUGAUUAAGGUGAAAUCCCUCUUAUCAUGUUUCACAUCGUACGACGUCGUUCAGAUUCCAAGAGAACAGAAUGAACGAGCAGACGCUUUAGCUCGGCUAGCAUCAGCCAUCGAUUGCAAUGUGGGAAAGCAUAUUCCAAUCGAAUACAUGAACAAGCCAAGUAUCGAGGAAGAACAAGAGACGCUCCAGAUCGACAACAUUCCGAAUUGGAUGGAUCCUAUUUUUGACUUCCUAUCUAAGGGAGAGUUACCUGACGACCCCCUGGAGGCGAGGAAGGUCAAGUAUCGAGCAGGCCGCUACUUAAUUGUUAACGGAACUCUUUACAAGCAAGGGUACUCCGCUCCCUACCUACGAUGUGUGACCCUUAGUGAAGGAAUAAAUGUGUUAUCAGACAUCCAUGAAGGAAUCUGCGGAAACCACUCCGGCGCUCGAUCUUUAGCUCUCAAGACUCUCAGGCAAGGGUAUUUUUGGCCAACCCUGAAAGAAGACUCGAAGAUGAUGGUUCAAACUUGUAGUCCAUGUCAGAAAAACUCAAUAAUCCCACACCAACCAGGAGAACCCUUGACUUCGAUGAGCGCAUCAGUCCCAUUUUCAAUUUGGGGCAUUGAUUUCAUUGGGCCGAUGCCUAAAGGCACCAACAAGGCUACCCAUGCAGUGGUAUGUGUGGACUACAACACCAAAUGGGCAAAGGCUGAGCCCUUGACAUCUAUCACCACCCUCUAA